GGGCCGUCUUGCAUUCCAGAUCUUCGGAGUCACUUUAGGGGUGCAUUCCCUCGGUUUGGGUUCCGUGGCAGCCAUUUCGAACCGCUGACAAAAACGGCUGGUCACACUUCCCAAACGAAUGGUGGUAUCACCUUUUCCUAUGAAGAAGCCUCAAGAAAUGACAACCGCACAUGCUACGUGAUUGUAUGGGCGUGACAGCGCUGUCCAAGCUCUCGAAAGCAUCAAAAACAAGAUACCCGGGCCCCCGAUGGCAGUUUCGACACCUGGAAGAGCGGCUUCAUCUAGAGUCCUUAAGUUCUGUCUUGUGUGUGCUCAAGAAUUAACAGCUGCACUUUCACUUCAACACAAUCGCAGCAAAGCAAGGAGCAGGCUUCGCUGCAGUGGCGACUCGGUUACACUGCCAACCCAAGGUCGCAGCUCUGAAGGCGACUUGUUCUUUGAAAGCUUAUUGCAAGAGAGCCCUUCGAACUCGAAUUUGUCACUGUUAGGCGCCUUCAACAUGGGAAUGCUGUGCAAGGACAAUUGCUUGCCGGGGAUCUUGACAAAAGCAACGUUCGUUGCGUCGCUUGGCGCGUCAGGAUCUUGAAAUGGGUUGAAUUCGUACACAUGCAGCUGCUGAUUGU